AUGGCCGGCGGUAAGAAAGGCAAGACCGAGGCAAAGUCCAAGGGUGGGCCCAAGGAGGCCCCGAAAGGUGGCAAGGGGAAUGCGAAGAAGGACAACUCCCAACCGGAGAAGAAAGAGACGAAGGUGAAAGGGGCACAGGCAAUCGUGUGCGACAAACAUUCCAAGAAGGAGGAGGCUCUUGAAAAGAUACGCAAUGGCACAAGUUUCGCGGAGGUCGCUAGGGAGUAUUCGCAAGAUAAAGCGAAGUCAGGCGGCAGUCUUGGGAAGAAAAAGAAGACAGACUUACUCCCUGAAUUCGCUGACGUUGCAUUUGCGCUCCCAGCCAUUGGUAGUACCCCUGAGAAGGACUACAGCUACGGUGAGGUUAAGACGUCUGAAGGCUACCAUAUCAUUCUUGUGGAAAAGAGGGAAUGA